AUGAACGCCAAGCUAUUCGUCGUCUUCGCCCUGGUAGCAGUGGCCCUGGCGGAGGAGACGAAGCCGGUAACGGAGGAGACGAAGCCGAUAACGGAGGAGAAGAAGCCGGAAGCGGACGAGACACCAAAAAGCAAACGAGGAGUCUUCGGACUGGGAUAUGGUCUGGACAGCGGUAUAGGACUGUCGCAUGGUUAUGGUCUCAAUAGCAUAGGAUUCAAUGGAUACUCGAGCCUGCCAACCUAUGGACUCCGCCAUGGUGUCUCCACUGUCGUGACCAAGGAAGUAGCUGUUCCUGUACCGCACCCAGUAGCUGUUCCUGUCGACAGACACAUCGCCGUUCCUGUUAAAGUUCCAGUCGCAGUCCCAGUCGAUCGUCCUUACCCCGUCCAUGUACCCAAACCCUACCCAGUGGAGGUUACCAGGAACAUCCCAGUCCCCGUCGACAGGCCAGUUCCUUACGCAGUCAACGUUCCCGUCAAGGUUCCAGUGCCAGCCCCAUACGCUGUCAGGGUACCCCACCCCGUUCCCGUUCCAAUCGUGAAGCACGUCCCGUACCCAGUCGCUCAACCGAUCGUUGUCGAGAAACAAUCCUUCGGCUGGGCGCCCUCUUACGCUGCUGGAUGGUAAAUCAACAUCGUCGUGA